CGGCGCAGGCGCCGGCGAGCGGGUGAAAGAUGGCGGAAGGUGGCGGCCCCGAACCGGGGGAGCAGGAGAGGUCUUCUGGGCCGCGGCCCCCGAGCGCGCGGGAUCUGCAGUUGGCCUUGGCAGAAUUAUAUGAAGAUGAAGUGAAAUGCAAAUCUUCCAAAUCUGAUAGACCUGAAGCUACAGUCUUUAAAAGCCCACGAACACCACCUCAGAGGUUCUAUUCAAGUGAACAUGAAUACAGUGGAUUACAUAUAGUUCGACCUUCAACUGGGAAAAUUGUGAAUGAACUUUUCAAAGAGGCAAGAGAACAUGGGGCUGUCCCUCUGAAUGAAGCCACAAGAGCCUCUGGUGAUAACAAAUCUAAGUCAUUUACAGGUGGAGGAUACAGAUUGGGUAAUUCCUUUUGUAAGCGAUCUGAAUACAUCUAUGGAGAAAAUCAAUUGCAAGAUGUUCAGAUUUUGCUUAAACUGUGGAGCAAUGGUUUCAGUUUAGAUGAUGGAGAACUGAGACCUUAUAAUGACCCACCAAAUGCUCAAUUUCUGGAGUCUGUUAAAAGAGGAGAGAUUCCCUUGGAGCUUCAGCGGCUUGUUCAUGGCGGCCACGUGAAUUUGGAUAUGGAGGACCAUCAGGAUCAAGAGUACAUAAAACCUAGGUUGAGGUUCAAGGCUUUUAGUGGAGAAGGACAAAAACUUGGAAGCCUUACCCCUGAAAUAGUCAGUACACCUUCAUCCCCAGAAGAGGAAGAUAAGUCAAUACUUAAUGCGGUUGUUCUUAUUGAUGAUUCUGUGCCAACAACAAAAAUUCAAAUCAGAUUAGCAGAUGGGAGUCGUUUGAUACAAAGAUUCAAUAGUACACACAGGAUCCUGGAUGUCCGGGACUUUAUUAUACAGUCCCGUCCUGAAUUUGCGACUCUUGACUUUAUUCUUGUGACUUCAUUUCCAAAUAAAGAGCUAACAGAUGAAAGCCUGACACUACAAGAAGCAGAUAUUCUUAACACUGUGAUACUCCAGCAACUAAAAUAAUACUGCUCCUAUCCAUGCAGUAGCAUGUAGGAAAGAUAAUGUGCCAUAAUAAUAAGGAAAAUACUUAGAGCAUUAAGAAAACAAAACUAUUUUUAUUAUUUAUACAGAUAAAUUUCAGUUUUAUUCUUAUCCUUUCUUCCAGCCUUAGUCUAGAUGAAUUUGAACCAGGAAUAGAUUUUGAGAUAAAUAUGUUUGAAUUUUUAGUUGCAGGGCUGGUUUAUGUUGUUAGCUUGUAAAUAUUCAGGCAAACCAAUUUGUUACGUGCUCUGGGCUAAUGUAACAACAUUUGUUUGCAGAGGAAAUGAACAGAACCCCAUUUUGAUAAAUGUGUUUGGUAAAAUUUGCACUGAAGUUUCUUGAUGGUGCAUUGAUCAACAGCCAUCAAGAAAUCCUCUGAUCAAAUUGGAAUUUUUUCUGUGAUAUAUGCUGAAAAGUAUCUAUAUUCUGAUUCUGAAAUAUGUUGAUCAUAUAAUUAUUUCUCCUAUUAAGAUUGUAUGCGUCCUUUUUACUUACUGAUUUAGCUGUAUUACUAGUGUCAAAAAAUACGGUUUGGCCUUGUAUUUUAUAGAACUAUGACCAUCAUAAGCCAGAAACAAGGACAGAAAGGUCAGCAGUUCUUGAGAACAUCCAUUAAAGAGCACUUUAAAAUAGAGUAAUUACAAUCUGUCCCAGAGCCUGCCUUGAUCACAUUCAUUUAUUUAUUCAACACAUUUUUCUAAGGGACCCACUAUUUAUACUGAACACUGUUCUAAGUGUUCAAUCCAGAAUGUAUUCUACUCCAGGGCAAAAUGAGUGUACAAAUUCAGAAAUGUAAAUUCUGUCAGCCAGACUGGAUCUAAAGAAUUACCAGCAAAAAUAUUUGCAUUUCUGCCAAAGCCAGGUAUUUCCUAUAUGAAGUAGGCUAUAUCAGGAAUGAUAGAAAAGCUUUUUCUUCCUCCCAGAUACCAUUUCAUCUUUGGUCACCACACCUGUUGAGGUUUCUGUAGCUGCUGUAACAAAUUACUAUAAACUUAGUGGCUUAAAAUAGCAGAAAUGUAUUAUUUUGUAAUUCUGUAAGUUGGAUGUCCAACAUGGGUCUCACUGGCUAAGAUAAGGCAUUGACAAGGCUGUAUUCCCUCUGAGAGGCCCCAGGGGAGAAUCAUUUCCUCAUGUUUCCAGCUCCUAGGGGCCACCUGCAUUCCUUGGCCUGUGGCCCCCCUUCCCAUCUUCAAAGCCAGUAAUACUACAUUCUGACCCUUCUCUGUCAUCACAUCUCUUUGACAACAGCCAGGAAAAGUUCUCUGCUUUUAAGGACUCAUGAUUGGAUUGGGCCCACCAUUAGUUCCGGAUUAUCUGCCUGUCAUCAGGUCUGUAGUAACCUUAGCUGCCUCUUUAAUGUCCCUUUUACUAUGCAAAGUGACAUAUCACAGGUUUCUGGAGGCUCCAGGGGUGACUCCGUUCCUUGCCUCUUCCAGGGCUCUUCUCAUCUCUUCACUCUAGCUCAUCCCUCCAAUCUCUGCUUCUGUCCUUACAUCUUUUACUACCUACUGUAUUUCUCCUGCCUUAUUCUUACAAGGACCCUUGUGAUAAUUACCAGAAAAAUCUCAUCUCAAAAUGCUUAACUUAAUCACAUUGGCAAAAUCCUUUUCCUGUGUAAGGUCACAAAUUUACAGGUAUGGUGAUUAGAACAUGAAUAUUUUGGAGGCCAUUCUGACUACCACAGUCCACUCUUGCCCCAAAGAUUGACAUAAGGUCACCCCAUUCAAAGGUGCUCAAAAGUGUCAACCCAUUAUAGCAUCAAAGUGCAAAACCUUAUCUGAAUCUCACCAGCUCAAAAGUCCCAAACCUCAUUUAAAUCAUCUAAAUCAAGUAUGAGUAUGAUUCCUGGGACACAAUUCCUCUCCAUCUCUGUACCUGUGAAACUAGAAAAACAGUUAUCUCCUCCCAAAUAUAAUGGUAGGACAGGCAUAGAAUGGGGUUUAUAGACAUUCCUGUUCAAACAAUGGAAUGAGAAAAGGAGCUAUGCACACUCCAUUAGGUGUCACAUCUCUAUGGUCCAGAGCACUAUCUUCUGGGCUUGUGAUGUCCUCUCAGAGUCCUCUUUCCUCUUUCAUGAAAGGCAGCAGUGGUUCGCAGCUGAGUAGUUUUAUCAGCUUGUUUCUUAACUAUGGAAUUGUGGGAAGUCCAGCUAUCUUUCAUUUCAAACCAUCUUCAUCCUUUUCAAUUUAAGAUAGCAGGGUCUGCUGGUUUAACAUUCUCCAGAGACUUGGGGAUCUUGUGUGCCUAUUAGGGGGAUUCAGCUCUUAAACCAGAGGCCCAGGUGCAAAACAUUCGUAGGUAAUCUCAUCUCUCUUUUUGGCUUCUUCAGCAAAGGCUGGGAGGAUCUUUGAGUCACACCCUGUGUCUCUUCAAGGAUCUGUGGUGUGACAGAAAACUCAGGCCUUCCUCAGGUGUUAGCCAAAGGUUGUAUAGCUGUACCUUCGUCUCUCCCUAGAGAGACUUCACUGACAGCGAAUCCCUUAAUUGGAAUGUCUUUUGUCCUUUGCAUAGGCCAAGAAUUUCCAAAUCAUUGAGUCCUGUUUUCUUUAUAUUUAACAGUUCUUUCCUCAAUUUGUCUAUCUCUACUCACGUUGUACUAUAACCAGCAAGAAGAAACCAGUCUUCACCUUGCACACUUUGCUUAGAAGUCUCUUCAACCGAAUGUCUUAAGUUUAUCCCUUACAACUUGCUUUCCACACAACUGCAGACACAUUGCAGCUAGGCUUCUUGCCACUAUAUAACCAGAAUCUCUUUUCCUUCACUUUCCAACAGCACGUUCCUCGUUUCCGACUAAGUCCUCAUUUCUACCAGGUCCUCGUUGGCAGCACCUUUAAUGUCCCAUUUUCUUCUAACAGUCUGUUUAUGACAAUUUGCAUAAUCUCCCUGGCAAUUUAGGUGCUCUCUACCAUGCUCCUUUCUUCCUCCAGCCCUCACUAGCAUUAACAUCCAUAGAUCUGCUAGCAGUGUUCAAGGCAAUCCUGCCUCUUUCUGCCAUCCUAAAAAUUCUUCCAACCUCUACCCACGGUCUCAUCCCAAAGCUAUCCUCUCAUUUUUAGGUGUUUGUUCCAGCAGCGCCCCAUAUCCAGGUAUCUGGGAAAGUCUACUAUGCCUAUUCACUGCCACUUGACUUGAAUGUGCCAAUAGGAGAUUUGGAAUUCACUUUCUCUGGGGGCUCUGCUUAUUUCAAGGAGGUGAACUGACCUGUGGUAGAGGUUUUCCUACUGGCAGUGCUCUCAGAACUCCCACAGGAUGGAAGUGUUGAAAUCACCACCGCAGAGAAACUUGUUCUCAGUGUCACAAUGCAGAGUGAGAAGAUUAUUCCUAAUAACAGGAAGCCAUGCGCCUCUCCACCAAUUGACAACUUGGAGAUUAUAUAAAUAAUAACAGUUUAAAAUGUUACCAGGGAUAAACUACAUUUUCAUAGGAGCAAAAUCAUCUUCCUUAGGAAAUACACUAUUCAAACAAAUGAACAUUUUAAAUAAAAGGGCACUGCCCUAUUUUGGAUUAACAAAAUGUGGUGAAGGGAUUAACCACACCCUGUAAAAGUAUUUGAAAUGUUACUCCUGUAGUUUCUUUUUAUCACUUAGAUGGAGUGCCUAUAGACGCACAUAGAAAAGUGACUGCCAUUUUUGUAUAUGAUAGUCUUCCGAAUGUAGAGAUUUAUAUUAGGAGGGAGAAUUAAACAUUCAGAAUAACACUUUCACAUGUACUACAUAGUGUUUUGCUUCAUUAGAGUCAUUUUCCUGAAUUCUUUCUACUAUUGCAGUCACUGUAACUUAUGAAAUUUAUAAUCAUCCCCAAAAGAUUAUGUUACAAUGAGCAGGUAGACAACCAUGUGUGAGGUCAAUUGUUUUGCAUGACCUAUGUAAUCAAAAAGUUUUAAGUGUCUGCUUUACCGAUAAAGAACAUGCAAACUGAAAGUCAUUGAAAAUCCUUUUCAAAAUUUCCUUGAUUUGCAGUUUUACUUGAAAGACUUAAUGGAUUAUUUUGAAGCAUGAAUAACAUUAGCUGUGGUUUAAUUUCUUGUGAUGCAUCUUUUUGAAAAGAACUGAAUUGUAGCAAUGUCAUCUCUAUUUCCUGUUACUCUUGCUGUUUUUAAUUCCACCAAAAUAAAGGUGCAAAUU